GCUGAUCAUUGGUGCCAACCCAGUGCACCACUUCUGUCCUGCGUGAGGAUCAAACAAGUUCACGGUGAUUUAAGUUCAACCUGGACUGGGCGUCGAAUGAAACGAUGGAAUAUUUUGUAACACAUUUCACCCCUAAUGACUCAGCCGGUCCAUCACACUGCUGCGAGGUACAUGGCAGCAGCACAGCUCGGCUGCGGUAUUGAUCGUUUCUGCCUUUCAUGGGCUAUAACUUGUGAACAACCAGAGGCGGCAGGGGUCAUUUGUUUUUGCUCAGUUUUCACCAACAGUGGAGACUGAAACUUCUGCCACUGUGACAUUUAACCUUUGACAAGAGGGAACCCAGGAUUAAAGAUGUGCUUGUAGGGUUGUGAUCAACAGCAUCAGCAGCAUUCUGCCAAAAGGCCGUUGUUACAUUUCAUAUCUGGGAUGAACGCACAGCUCGUGUAAAAAAUGGGAGACUGGAACUUCCUUGGAGGGAUCUUGGAGGAGGUGCACAUCCACUCCACCAUGGUGGGCAAGAUCUGGCUCACCAUCCUGUUUAUAUUCCGGAUGUUGGUGCUCGGCGUAGCGGCAGAGGACGUGUGGAACGACGAGCAGUCGGACUUCAUCUGCAACACCGAGCAGCCCGGCUGCCGCAACGUGUGCUACGACCAGGCCUUCCCCAUCUCCCUCAUCCGCUACUGGGUGCUGCAGGUGAUCUUUGUGUCCUCGCCCUCCCUGGUGUACAUGGGCCACGCCAUCUACCAGCUGCGGGCUCUGGAGAAGGAGCGCCACUGCAAGAAGGUGGCUCUCCGUCGGGAAAUGGAGGCGGUGGAUGCCGAGCUGGUGGAAGUGCGGAGGAGAAUUGAGAAGGAGAUGAGGCAGCUGGAGCAGGGGAAGCUCAACAAAGCACCUCUGAGGGGGUCUCUGCUGUGCACUUACGUGGCCCACAUUGUUACCCGCUCCUUGGUGGAGGUGAGCUUCAUGAUGGGUCAGUACAUGAUCUACGGGCACCGCCUGAGACCUCUUUACAAGUGUGAAAGGGAGCCAUGUCCAAACGUGGUGGACUGCUUCGUCUCCAGGCCCACUGAGAAAACCGUGUUCAUGAUGUUCAUGCAGCUGAUCGCCUGCAUCUCCCUCUUCCUCAGCCUGCUGGAGAUCAUGCACCUGGGAUUCAAGAAGAUCAAGAAGGGCAUCCUGGACUUCUACCCACACCUGAAGGACGAUCUUGACGAUUACUACGUCAACAAGUCCAAAAAGAACUCAGUUGUUCAUCAGGUUUCCAUGGGCACGUCGGUGGGUCGCAAGACUACCAUUCCUACAGCGCCGUGUGGAUACACAUUACUGCUGGAGAAGCAGGGUAAUGGUCCUACAUACCCUCUGCUCAGCGCCUCCUCUGCCUUCGUCCCAAUACAAGGGGACCCUGGUGCGAAGCCGGACAGCCACAAAGACAGCAAGGAGGGAGUGCCGAGCCCAACGGAGCAAAACAGCAACUCCAACAACACAAGCAGCGAGACCCGCUCUCCUCCAGCAGACAAACACGAAGAGCCAGAGGAAUCUUCGCCCCAUCACGAGGAUAUGGAGUGUGCACGCUCAGAGUAUCCCACUCUCCCUGUGGCAGACACCUCCUCCUGCACGACACUGUCAGGCAUUGGGAGGAAGCCACGGAGGGUCAGUCCACCGUGGAACUGCUCCACUCUGGUGGAGGGGAACGGCUCAGACAGUGGAGACUCCUACCACGGGGGCAACAGCAUCAAGCUUCGCAGCAGCUGUGUCGGCCCCCGAGCAAGGAUGCUCUCUAAAUCGGACAUUAAGAGACCGAGCAGGUCCCAGAGUCCUGACUCUGCCGGAGAGCUGAGCUCUGUGUCUCGACACAGUCGUGAGAGCAACAGCCCCACCGCCACAUCUCCAAACCGACGGGUGUCAGCAGCGAGCAGUGGCAGCAGCCGACGAGCUCCGACUGAUCUGCAGAUUUAAACAACAGACUGUGUGCUCGAUGACAGAAACUCUAAAUGAGAUGUUUGGCUGCAAGUUAUGUGAACACUUUAUUUCUGCACUGUAACACAAUAAAAAAAAACACAAACCCACUGCUAUGAGGAUUAUACUCUUGAAAAGCUUUUUUCCAGUUGUAUUUAGAACAAACUUAUGAACAUUUUGUUUUUUCUUCACAUUAACAGGUCUGCGGCAGAGACUCAGAGGGACGUUUAAAGAUUUGGCUGUAUGCAGCCGUUCCAUCUAAAUGAUUAGAGGGGAAUGGAAAAAUGAACCACGGAUCCAUAAUGCUGUUUGAGGUUGCAUAGUGCUGUUACGCAACCGGAUAGAGCACUGCCUGAUUAAAUCCAACCCAUUCCAACAUGUCUGAGAGUUCUUCAGCAAAAAUGUGAAAGAUAAAAAUAGUUCAGUUCACGUCGACUCGGUCACAAUGGAAAAAUGAGUCCUACAAAUCUUUUCGUUGGUAACUAAUUUGUUCUCAUCAAUCACUUCAAUUUGCCUUCAAGCACAUACGCAUCAAACUUGGAAUACAUUUUUUUAAUAUUAAAAAAUACUUUUUUACUUGAUUGUCAGUCACGCUUUUGAUAUCAAUUACAAUAUCUUUGAGAAACAUUUAAGAAAAUUCUAUUAAAAAUUAUGUAGUAAUUCUUUUGAAAAUAAAUAAACAUUUACAGUGUUUUCCCUGAGUUUGUGGAAAGUUUAGGUGCAUGUGUUUAGCUGGGGAUUUGGGAGAAAAAUAUUUUUUGAAUUUAAAAAAAGGGAAUAUCACAGUAUUUUAGAGCAUUAUUACCAUAUCUGUGUACAAAAAUUUCAAAAAGCUAGAGCGCAUAAUAAUAAAGAUAAUAACAAAUACGAUUAAUGAUAAAAAAUUGCUAACUACAACUAUAAGAUCUGUAAUGUUGUACGUUUUGAUGCUCUCCAUUGAUUUUACUUUAGUUCGGCCUUAGACUGGCGGGGAAACCCUUCAUUUAUUUCAGGUAAAUGAUCGAGAAUGGAAGGAGGGGGUCCAUUUUUAAACAAGGAUAUUGAGAGAAUGACGAAUGCCAAAUGCUGAGAAAAACAUUUUUAUUUGUUGACAAAGCAAAAAGUUGCUUUGUGUUAUAUAACAAAAAUAACAGUGAUUGUUUGUAGUCACUGUACAUCCACUAUUAUGUAAUAAACAUGUUUAUAUUCUUCAAAAUGCUAUUGUUUCAACUUUUUCCAUCUUCUUCUUUUUUUUUUUCCAACCAAGAAAGCCACAGUUAACUCCACCUUUCACUCU